UCAGUGCCGUAAAGCGCCAGCCGGUGUCGUAAAUCGGCGCAUGUGUGGCUGUUGUCAUGCCGUGCGCUCAAGUCAAAUGACAGAUUUUGGGUUAUUGAUAGUGUAAAUGUAUAAACCGGAGCUGCUGGAUAUCAUCUGUCAUCACAGAAACACAGCCGGCGGAAGCUGUUAAUAUGACAAAGCUGUGGAACAUCAUAUUUAAGAGUGACAGAUUCAUAAACCAGUAACUAAUAGAAGUUCAUAGUUACUCGCAGUACUGUAAUAUAUCUGUAAGAUCUCUCUGUAAGAUCUCAUAGUCCGGUUUCAGUGUGGUUACAGCGUUUAGAGUUCUGUUUCGCUUCUGGUCUGGUUCGUGUUCUGGUUCGGGUCUGGUCGAGGAUGUUUGUGCUGGUGGAGAUGGUGGACACGGUCCGGAUUCCUCCGUGGAGUUUCCACCGACAGCUGAACGACGCGAUCUCCGAGGAGCUCAACAAGAAGCUCGCCAACAAGGUGGUGUAUAAUGUGGGCUUGUGUGUGUGUCUGUAUGACAUCACUAAACUGGAGGACUCCUACAUCUUUCCUGGAGAUGGAGCGUCCCACACUAAAGUGCAUUUUCGGUAUGUGGUUUUCCACCCGUUCCUGGACGAGAUUCUGGUGGGAAAGAUCAGAGGCUGCAGUGCUGAAGGUGUUCAUGUGAGCCUCGGAUUCUUCGAUGACAUCAUAAUCCCGCCAGAGUCGCUACAGCAGCCGGCUAAAUUCGAUGAGGCGGAGCAGGUGUGGAUGUGGGAGUACGAGACGGACGAGGGCGCUCACGACCUCUACAUGGACCAGGGUGAGGAGAUCCGCUUCCGGGUGGUGGACGAGGUCUUCAUCGACACGUCGCCCUCGGGUCCCAGCGCAGAGAAGGAAGGGCCGAGCGCAGCCCCCACAGCGCCACCUGCAGGAUUGGAGGACAGCGCGCAGCAGAAAGAAGCUCCCUACACACUCAUCGGAUCUGUAAGUGAACCAGGUCUGGGUCUUCUGUCCUGGUGGAACAGUUAACAGUCUCAUCUGUGUUAUGAAGCAUGAAAAAUCAGCUGAAACUUCUCAUAAGACUAAUUUACACACAGAACUGAAGAGCUGUGGACCAAUCAGUGAGCAGCUGGUGCCGGCCAAUAGGAGAUGCUUAAUAAAACAGCCUUUAUAACGAUUUAAACGGGACUAUUGUGUUGUAUUGCUGUGUCCUAUGGAGUUUACUUUAUAGGUAAAUUCUAUAAAAUCUUUUAGCAAAUAAUCUUUUUCUGACACUGAAUGGAUUAUUUUCAUCUGAAACUGUAUAUGUUUUUUUUUCUCCUGCUUUUGACAUUUUAAAAUGAA